UAAGAACUUGACUGGAAUACUUGUGAUUGGUCUCAUUUCCAUGUGGUUUGCUUGUCAGAAGGACAUCAUCAGGUUGUCUUUCGUUUUCUUUGUUCAAGCUGGCCUCCUCAGAAUAAUAACGUAUCACCAUACAAUACGUUUAUCACCGGUAAUAUGGAAGGGGCAACUGGAGCAGAAGAAAGGACCAUAACUCCUCCAGUGACUAGCCUUCAGAGAGAUGAGGAUGAGGAAGAAUCACCUGAUGUGUAUCUCAGUGUUCUAGCUCAGCAUGGACAAGUGGGGCUGAGUUAUUAUGACGGCAAAGACUACGUUCUGCACUACAUGCCUGAUGUUGCUGAUAGGAACCUGCAGAUACUGAGUAGAGUGAUACAAGAAGUCAGUCCGCAGGUGGUCAUCACAAGUGCCAAACAAGAGAGUAGCAUGGCCCAGUUUAUCAGAAGCCUUGGGUGUAACCCAGAUUAUAGACCCGAGGUGGUCGUUUACCCCAACUCCGACUUUGGACUGGAAGUUGGAAAGCAGAGGCUGCUGGCAGCAAACCUGCCCUUCCUCCCUCCUGCCAUCACAGAGAAAGAGAAGCUCCCCUACCUUUCCUCCUGCCUCAGCUUCGACUCUGUCCUCAUGCUGCGGACAGUAGGUGCGCUGUUGAAGUGUCUAGACAGACGUAGAGUGGGCGUUGAGCUUGAAGAUAGCAGCGUGGGUGUGCCCAUCCUGCAGUUCCGCAUUUACACACUCAUUGACAUGGUCUGCGUGGAUAGAGACACAUACAGUGUUCUUCAGAUAUUUAAGUCAGAGUUACAUCCAUCCGUGUAUAAACUCCAGUCCGGUGAGAAAGAAGGACUCAGUCUCUUUGGGAUUUUGAAUCGCUGCAAAUCUAAGUUUGGCUCAAAAUUGCUACGACAGUGGUUUUUGCAGCCCACACGUGAUAUGACUGUUUUACGUCGGAGGCAAGAGGUUGUGAAAUUCUUCACAUCUCCAUGUAACUUAGAGACAUUCAGGAUUCUGCAGGGCUGCCUGCGCAACAUUCGGAGCAUCCCAACACUACUGCACAGAAUGGCUCUCUCUCAUACAAAAGUCCAUGACUGGCAAUCUCUCUACAAGAUGGUGUACAGUGCUGUUUGCAUCAGAGACACUGUGCGCUCUUUGUCUCAGUCCAUCAAGCUGUUUCAGGAGAUUAGCGCUGACUUCACAGAUGAUCUCUUCUACAUUGCUUCACUCAUCAGCAAAGUGGUUGACUUUGAGAGCAGCAUGGCUGAGAACCGCUUCACCAUCAAGCCAAAUGUGGACCCUGCUGUUGACGAGAAAAAGAGAAGGAUGAUGGGAUUGCCGGAUUUUCUGACAGAAGUGGCUCAGAGCGAGCUGGAGCACCUGGAUUCGCGGAUUCCCUCCUGUUGUGUCAUCUACAUCCCUUUGAUUGGGUUCCUCCUGUCUAUCCCCCGACUGCCCAGCAUGGUGCAGAAAGAGAACUUUGAGAUUGAUGGACUGGACUUCAUGUUCCUGUCAGGAGAGCGUUUGCACUACCGUAGUGAAAAGACCAAAGGGCUCGAUGACCUGCUGGGGGACUUGCACUGUGACAUCAGAGAUCUAGAGACGUCAGUGAUGACUCAGCUGCAGAAUGUGGUCCUCCAGCGCAGUAGCUGCCUCUAUAAAGUGCUGUCUCUGAGCGCUGAGCUGGAUUGCCUGAUGGCGAUGGCCCUGGCUUCACAAGAGUACGGCUACAGCUGCCCCAUACUCACACCAAACAGCUCUCUCAGACUCAGCCAGGCCAGACACCCUUUGUUGGAGUUGUGCUCCCCUGUGUUUGUGUCUAACCCGCUGGUGAGCUCUGACACUGAGGGAAAGGUCAAAGUACUGACUGGACCAAAUUCCUCUGGCAAGAGUAUCUACCUCAAACAGGUGGGUCUCAUUGUAUUCAUGGCUCUGAUUGGAUCAGAUGUACCAGCUAAGGAGGCAGAGAUCGGUCUGGUGGAUGGUAUCUUCACACGUAUGCAGAGUCGGGAGUCUGUAUCCGUAGGCCUCAGCACUUUCAUGAUUGAUCUCAAUCAAAUGGCAUAUGCCCUGAAAGAGAGCACAGGAGACUCUCUGGUUCUCAUUGAUGAAUUUGGCAAAGGGACAAACACGGUGGAUGGUUUAUCUCUGCUCACUGCAUGUAUCAGUCACUGGCUGGUUAGAUCGGCGGACCAGUGUCCUCAUGUGCUCCUAGCCACCAACUUUCACAGCCUGCUGCAGCUGGGCCUGCUGCCCUUCUCCCCCAUGCUCUCCCUACUGACCUUUGAGACGGCCAUCGAUGGAGAAGAGUUGGUGUUUCUGUACCAGCUAAAAGAGGGUAUCUGCCAGUCCAGCUAUGCAGCGAACAUUGCAAAACUUGCCGGUGUCCCCACAGAACUGGUUCACAGAGGCAUCGAGGUAUCAGAGCUCUACAGAACAGGGAAGACCAUCAAACGCAUUGACCGGCCUACCAAUGAUCAGCAUAAUAUCAAAUGUAACAGUAUGGUGGAGAAGUUCCUCAGCCUGGACCUAGAAGAUCCUUCACUUGACCUACAACGCUAUUUUAAGGAGGAGGUCUUGGCCUUCUCUGACGAUUAAGGCUGAUAUUGAAGUUUUUGCCCGAAAUUGUCCUUUGAAUAUUCGAUGAGUAGCAUUGGAAGUUGAUUAUGCUAGCUAUAUCUUUAAAUCCCUUAUCCUGCAUUGGUCAUCUAAGUGUGAAGGUGUUGAAAUAACCUUUCUGUUGGCAUCUCUCAAGGCUACAAUUUAUUUGCUGUAAUGAAUUUGGUUCAAGAUCAUAAUAUUUUUUUUAAUGAAAUGACAAUAAUAGUAACUAACCCUAAGUGAUUCUGGUGUUUGUUUCCAUAUCUAACUUCUUACUGUAUUAACAUAGGCCAGACUCUUACUGUAUUAACAUAGGCCAGACUCUUACUGUAUUAACAUAGGCCAGAGUUAUUGUUUGUACUUGUCUUGCAUUUGCUUGUAUGCUGUAACCGUGUUUGCACCUGAAUCUGUGACAACUCCUCUGAAUUAGAACACCUUGUAAAGCACAUUGAGAUGAGUGCAAACCUUCAACAUGUGCUUCCUGUAAGUGUCACAAAGCAAAUAAUCUUCAUUACCAGGGACUUUUAGAGAAUCAGCUGCCUCUCCGACCUGAAUUGACAGCAACAGGAUGUGGGAUCCGGGCACCUUUUACACUUAAGGGCAGUACAAAGGCUUCCAAGUCCUGUCCGUUGUAAUCCACAUAAUUGACUUUGUUAGACAAACAUUCCCAGAAUAUUCAAGGCCCUGAAACUGUUUAAUCUCCAUAAUUGCGCUGAAUGGAAAAUCCUGUUUUCCACUUAAGAUAAUUCAAACAAGAGCCACUGCCUGAAAACUCUUUGAAAGGCAUGGUCACAGAAUCCACAGCUAACUAUAUGGAAAUGACCUAAAGGGGGGGAUAUGGUGUUGUCCUUGACCUGACAAAAUAACACAACAUCUCUAUGUUCAUGUGACACAUAUGGUAUUCUGCCUUGACCCAGACUUGAGAUGGCCAAAUUGCACGAAAAGAUAUGUGUUCCAACAUGUUUAAUCUAGAAAUACAUUUUACAAAAGUUACACAAUAUUUUCAGGAGACGAGAUUUACAAAAUGCUAAAUUCAGCAUGUCUACCCUUUCCGCUCCCCUGCCCUAAAUACUGUGAGUGUAUACACAGAGCGUGUUAAAGGUGUUGCUCACGGACACAUGAGGUGGCGAUGGCAGCAGGCCCAGUGUCCUCAAUGUGGAUUUUCUCAAUAUUCUGUGAGAGCUUGCCCUUAGCGUCAAUGGGAUUAACCUCUUCCACAUGCGUAGAUUGUGGCAAAUUAUUUUCCCUUCCGGAAAAUAAAUCCAGUACAUGACACACAUUGUACAGUAUUGUGCAUAGUUCAAA